UGUGUUCGAUUCAUUUUGCUUGUCAAAUACAUAAAAAUGUCGGAUAAACAAUUGACAAAUACGUGAUCAAUCUCUUAUUAAAUUAAAAAUAUAAUAAACAUUGCGCUAGUUCAAUAACUAACAUUCUUACAGUAAUAGCAAAAGGAAAAGGCAAAAUGUUCGUAAUUUAUUGAUUUUUAGCAAUUGCUGUGACUGAAAAACUGAACAGAUCCUAAAUCUAUAACUUUUCUGCAAAUAUGAUGCCUCGAAGUAUCACCGCUUACAUCAACCUGAGCAUAAUAGUAAGCCUUGCACUUUAUUCAUCAGCAUCUUUUAGUGGAAUGGUUACUUCAAACGAAAACGAAGAGGACUUCCUAACACGAAGAGAAAAUAUAUUGGAGAAUUCGUAUCAUGGAUUGAUUCGAGAAAAUGAAACAUAUGUGGAAAUAACACCUUUAAUUAAAGUCAACGAAGAAAAAAUCUGCAAUUUUCGCAUUCUUAAGAAGCCAUAUCACGAAAUUCCUUUUCAAAUUGAGUUGAUCAACAAUUUGGGUAUUCUAAAGGCACGGCGAACCUUGAAUUGUGAGAAACGUAAAAGUUACCAUUUUGAAAUUGUUGCGAUUUUUUGCGAUGGAAUGCCAUCAAAUUCAGCCAAUGUGCAUAUCACUGUUAUUGAUAUUAAUGAAUAUGCGCCAACUUUUCUUCAACAAUCAUAUGUAACGGAAGUCGACGAAGGGCGAUUGUACAAUGAAAUAAUUCGCGUCGAAGCUACGGACAAGGACUGCACGCCUCUUUUUGGCGAUGUCUGCAAAUAUGAGAUAUUAAACAGUGAUGAACCCUUCACCAUAGAUAACGAGGGUUCCAUUAAAAACACUGAACCGCUUUCGCAUAAAAUAUCCCACAAUCAUAUUUUAUCCGUGGUAGCCUUUGAUUGUGCCAUGAAAGAAUCAAUACCAAUAAUGGUCAGCAUCAAAGUACGACGUGUUUGCGACGCUAAAUUCCUUGGUAUUCCGGAACGCAUUGAUUACACCUCUGGUAGCACUGAAAAUUUGCAAUUAUUUCCUAAUGCUCGAUUGGAUCUCUGCAAUAUAUUAUGUACUACUGAGGACCUUACUAUUAAUGCAACAAUUGCUCUAAAGACCAAACACAUAUCGUUUGGAUGUGAUCGAGAUAUAUCCAAUUGUUCAAGUAACUCCAACUUAAAGGAUCUUUUGCCACAAGAUGCUAUCUGGACUAAAGAAUUGAGCUAUGAUGAAGGCCGUGAACCGAUAUUUCAUUUCUCUGGAUCAACAGGUGCUGUUGUGCCCAAUAAUUUGAUUGGACAUCAUGACUUCUCCCUACUUCCAUUCAGCAUCAUUACAAUUUUCCGACAUAGCAGUCAAAGCUCGAACAAUAAACACGUAAAGGAGCACAUAGUAUGCAGUGCUGAUGACCAUAAAAUGAAUCGUCACCAUAUGGCACUAUUUGUGCGUAAUUGCCGUCUCAUUUUGCUUCUUCGUAAGAAUUUCAACGAUGGAGAUUUGAACAUUUUCAGCCCUGCUGAAUGGCGGUGGAAAAUACCGCAAGUGUGCGAUAAUGAAUGGCAUCAUUAUGUUAUCAACAUUAAUUAUUCAUCCAAAGUUGAACUAUUUAUUGAUGGCAUACGCUUUGAAAGUUCUAUAGAGGAGCAACGCCAUACAAAUCCAGAGGUGAUCGAUGAUUGGCCGCUACAUGCUGCACAUGGAGUGAACACGACGCUCUCUGUAGGUGCUUGUUAUCAAAGUUCUGAAAAUCGUUUAAAACAUGGUUUUAAUGGAGACAUCUCGGAAGUGAAGAUCUCUCUAAACAGUGUACUUUCAGUCGAAGAAAUUAAAUGUGGCACAAGCUGUGCUGAGCAUUUGCUGCCAUCAACUGAACUUCAAUUGGACCAGUCUUUUGACUCAUCUGAUAGUCAAGUUCAGGUUAAUGCACAAAUGAAUGAAAUUUAUAUUCAAACACAGAGCAAGCAACACAUUGAGAAGUUGAUGCGUAGUCUUCAAUAUAUUAAUGAAAAAAAGAAUCCCACAAUUGGUCGACGUAAUAUUGAAGUUCGAACAAAAAUGCAGUGUGCCAAUCAUAGUAUAAUUCGCCUCGCAACAGUUGAGACUUACAUUAUGGUUAACGAACCUAUUAUUGCUCCUGAAUCAGUUUAUACAGAAAAUUUCUCUACUAAUUUAAGUGGAAAAUCUCCCUCCAGUGAUUUUAAUGUUAUUUAUAAAGUCGACAAAUUCGAAUCUCAAGUUAAGCCAGAAAAUGACGUGCCAUCCAAGUUUUUGACAUUAGCAAAGAUCACGAUUACAGGCGCCCAAAAUAAACUAGUCUCGUAUCAGGAAAUCAAAACAGGCGUACGAAUUUUGGAUGGCAUUCACAUUGGCUUCUCAAUAGAUGGCAAAUAUAAUAAAAAUGUAAGCCGGAAAGAGAGUUUGGAUUCAUGCAGCGUAAUUGUAUUUCCGUCACUGAACCCGGAUCAUGAAGAGAUUCAAAUUGAUGGCGAUGAAUCUUUGUCAUCCACCAUGGAUAUUCGAACAAACAUCAAUAAGGAUGGCGUCGAAAUGAUUGGAUCUGAUUUAAUUAUAAAUUAUUUAAGCGUACUGCGGGCUUUGGUUUAUAGCAAUAAAAAGCCAGCUUAUUAUUUAAAUCGUGUUUUUAAGCUAUCUUGCAUACAAUUAAAUUUACAAAAUAAAAACGUCGACUAUACGUUAACCUUGACCGUCCUACAUCCAAAACAAUCACAAUCAAAGACUACAAAUUUACCAUCAUCAUCAUCAUCUUCGCCACUAACAAAUUUAGAUGGCAACAACAAAUUAUUAGCUUCUCUACAUAAUAAUCCCCCCAAGUGGAAGUGGACAGAUCAAACACAAGAUGGGAAGCUUUUCUCAUAUUCAUUGUUACAUACAAAUAUUGUUCAGGAGCCAAAAUUACAUGUCCAUUCGUUUGUGCCCCGAGCUGAAGCAUCACAUCCAACCAUGCUUAUUAUACUGAUCUGUGUCUUUAUCGUCGUUGUGAUUUGUGGCGUUUCGAUUGCACGCUUAAGGAAUAACCAAAAGUAUGCGGAUCGUCACCAGCCUAUACCAAAGGUUGCUGAUGAAGGUUUGAUCUGGGAUGAUUCUGCAUUGACUAUUACUAUAAAUCCAAUGCAAGCAGAUGUUACAUCUGAAGAUAGCUCGGAUUCUGAGAAUUCGGAUUCGGAUGACGAAGAAGUUAUAAAAGAUGGAUUCGCACACAUUAAUCAACUUGAAUGGGACAACACCAAUAUGUUUUCAUCAGCAAACUAAUGAGUACGUGCGUGUGAGAUGAAAAUGCGAUUAUCAAUAAAAAAAAAAGUUACAAAUAACAAUAUGUAAAUGUGCUUUUAAAAUAUAAAAAAUUACACAAUCUAUUUAUCCUAAA